CUCUGUGACCAUAUCAGAGAGAUUUACAGACAAGACCCAGAGAAGGCCAGGUGGAGCAGAACGCAUGCUGAAUUGGUUUUGCCACAGACGGCAAAACUGCCUUGGGAAGUCCAGCCUCAGCCCCUCCACAGAAGUAGCCAGUGGACUUCCCAGUCAUGGCCGAAGUGACGGCAGAGGAGGUGGAGAAGUUCCUGGACUCGAAUAUUGGCUUCGCCAAACAGUAUUAUGACCUCCGCUACCGGGCCAAGGUCAUCUCAGACCUGCUGGGGGCCAAGGAGGCAGCUGUGGACUUCAGCAACUACCACUCACUGAGCAGCGUGGAAGAGAGUGAAAUCAUCUUUGACCUCCUGCGGGACUUGAAGGAGAAUUUGCAGGCUGAGAAAUGCAUCUUCAACGUCAUGAACAAGCUGUGCUUCCUCCUGCAGGCAGACCGCAUGAGCCUGUUCAUGUACAGGGCCCGAAAUGGCAUCCCGGAGCUAGCCACCCGCCUCUUCAAUGUCCACAAAGAUGCGGCCCUUGAGGACUGCCUGGUGAUGCCCGACUCGGAGAUUGUGUUCCCCGUGGACAUGGGUGUGGUGGGCCAUGUCGCACACUCUAAAAAGAUCGUCAACGUCCCCAACACAGGAGAGGAUGAGCAUUUCUGUGAUUUCGUGGACAACCUCACAGAGUACCAGACCAAGAACAUCUUGGCUUCCCCCAUAAUGAAUGGGAAGGACGUGGUGGCCAUAAUCAUGGCCGUGAAUAAAGUGGAUGGGCCCCACUUCACCAAGAGAGACGAAGAGAUUCUUCUCAAGUAUCUCAAUUUUGCAAAUCUAAUUAUGAAGGUGUUCCACCUGAGUUACCUGCACAACUGUGAGACUCGGCGUGGCCAGAUACUGCUGUGGUCUGGGAGCAAAGUCUUCGAAGAGCUUACGGACAUUGAGAGACAGUUCCACAAAGCCCUGUACACAGUCCGGGCCUUCCUCAACUGCGACAGAUACUCAGUGGGACUCUUAGACAUGACCAAGCAGAAGGAAUUUUUUGACGUGUGGCCAGUCCUGAUGGGUGAAGCUCCACCCUACACUGGUCCCAGGACUCCAGAUGGAAGGGAAAUCAACUUUUACAAGGUCAUUGACUACAUCCUGCACGGUAAAGAAGACAUCAAAGUAAUCCCGAAUCCACCUCCUGACCACUGGGCUUUGGCAAGCGGUCUCCCCACUUACGUUGCCCAAAAUGGCCUAAUUUGCAAUAUCAUGAAUGCGCCUGCAGAGGACUUUUUUGAAUUCCAGAAAGAGCCUCUGGACGAGUCCGGAUGGGUGAUUAAAAAUGUCCUUUCUAUGCCAAUUGUGAACAAGAAGGAAGAAAUUGUUGGGGUGGCCACAUUUUACAAUCGCAAAGAUGGGAAACCCUUUGAUGAAAUGGAUGAGACCCUCAUGGAGUCUUUGGCUCAGUUCCUGGGCUGGUCUGUUUUAAAUCCUGACACUUAUGAGUUGAUGAACAAACUUGAAAACAGGAAGGAUAUUUUCCAAGACAUGGUAAAAUAUCAUGUGAAGUGUGACAAUGAAGAAAUCCAGAAAAUCCUGAAAACCAGAGAGGUGUGUGGCAAGGAGCCGUGGGAAUGCGAGGAAGAGGAACUGGCUGAGAUCCUGCAAGGAGAGCUGCCAGAUGCAGAGAAAUAUGAAAUUAAUAAAUUCCACUUCAGCGACUUGCCCCUGACAGAACUAGAGCUGGUGAAAUGUGGGAUACAGAUGUAUUAUGAGCUCAAAGUGGUGGAUAAAUUUCACAUUCCGCAGGAGGCCCUGGUGCGGUUUAUGUAUUCCCUGAGCAAGGGCUACCGCAGGAUCACCUACCACAACUGGCGGCACGGCUUCAACGUGGGGCAGACCAUGUUCUCCUUGCUGGUGACUGGAAAGCUGAAGCGAUACUUCACAGACCUGGAGGCCUUGGCCAUGGUCACCGCUGCCUUCUGCCAUGACAUUGACCACAGAGGCACCAACAACCUCUACCAGAUGAAAUCCCAGAACCCCCUGGCCAAGCUCCAUGGGUCCUCCAUCCUGGAAAGACACCACUUGGAGUUUGGCAAGACACUGCUGAGAGAUGAGGGCCUGAAUAUCUUUCAAAACCUCAAUCGCAGGCAGCACGAGCAUGCAAUCCACAUGAUGGACAUAGCCAUCAUUGCCACAGACCUCGCCCUGUAUUUCAAGAAGAGGACAAUGUUCCAAAAGAUCGUGGAUCAGUCUAAGACAUAUGAAACUCAACAGGAGUGGACGCAGUACAUGAUGCUGGAACAGACACGGAAGGAAAUUGUUAUGGCCAUGAUGAUGACCGCCUGUGAUCUCUCAGCCAUCACCAAGCCCUGGGAGGUGCAGAGCAAGGUGGCUCUGCUGGUUGCUGCUGAAUUCUGGGAACAAGGUGAUCUGGAGCGCACAGUGCUACAACAGAACCCCAUUCCCAUGAUGGACAGAAACAAGGCGGACGAACUCCCCAAGCUUCAGGUCGGCUUCAUUGACUUUGUUUGCACGUUUGUCUACAAGGAAUUCUCCCGUUUCCACGAAGAGAUCACUCCCAUGCUGGACGGGAUCACCAACAACCGCAAGGAGUGGAAAGCGCUUGCUGACGAGUAUGAUGCCAAGAUGAAGGCUUUGGAGGAGGAGAAGCAGAAGCAACAGGCAGCCAAGCAAGCACCCGCAGGAAAUCAGCCCAGGGGGAACCCCAGCCCAGGAGGGGACGCACCUGCUUCCAAGUCCUGCUGCAUCCAGUAGCCCAACAGGGGACCUGCUGGUCAGAAUGGCACCACCCUUCAUGAGAAGAGAUCGCCCAAACCGGUGGCAAGCUGCACACCUUCUUCAGAAGUAAAGGAGUCCUAGGAUUUGAAAGCUGAAUGAGAAUUUAGCUUCCAUCUUAUCUAGUGGCUUUCAAACAUUUUUAUCAACCUUGAGAAAUUUUAUUGAGCUAAAACCAACAUUCUAGCUUUCGUAAGCCUCAAUUAAAUAUUUAGUUAAUGCCAAACUCA